AUGCGGGAGGUGAUUGUCCCGCUCUGCUUGGCGCUGGUGGAGACCUUGGCUGCGUCCACCCUCAGAGGCGGCUGCAUCUCAGCAGCUUUAUCGUUGGACCUGUCUCUUGCAGGCCUGUCUCUCGUGGUGGGGUUAGUUCUCUACAUCUCCAGCAUCAACGAUGAGGUGAUGAAUCGGCCCAGCGGGUCGGAGCAGUAUUUCCACUAUCGCUAUGGCUGGUCCUUCGCCUUCGCAGCCUCCUCCUUCCUCCUCAAAGAGGGCGCCGGUGUGAUGUCCGUGUACCUCUUCACCAAGCGCUACGCGGAAGAGGAGAUGUACCGUCCCCACCCGGCCUUCUACCGCCCGCGCCUGAGCGACUGCUCCGACUACUCGGGCCAGUUCCUGCACCCGGAGGUGUGGCACCGCGGGCGCAGCCCCUCCGACAUCUCCAGCGACGUCUCCAUCCAGAUGACCCAGAAUUACCCCCCCGCUAUCAAGUACCCUGAGCACAUGCACAUAUCCACCUCGCCCUGCUAGGCCAGCCCCCCCGACCAUCCCCCAACCGGGGCCUGCCAGCCACCCUCCACCUCAGAGACUGUGUGGAGUGGGGCCCGCCUGUGGAUCACAGACGGGGUGCCACUGGACUAAAACCCCUCCUUGUCCCCCCUUUCUUGCUCCCUCUGCACCCUGGAGGCUUCUCCAAUUUGGCCAUUUUGGCAGGAUUUGUGAUAGGAAGUCACCCCGUCGGCCGUUUUGGUAGCCAUGGGAGCUUGGCGGGAUUCCUGACAGGAAGUCACCGUGUUGGCCAUUUUGAUAGCUAUGGGACGGUGAUGGGAUUCCUAAGAGGAAGUCACCCUGUCGGUCAUUUUGGUCACUGCAAGAUUCCCAACAGGAAGUCACCUUGUCGGCUAUUUUGGUAGCCGUGGAAACUUGGCAAUAUUGCUGACAGGAAGUCACCUGUUGGCCAUUUUGGCUGCCAUGGGCAGGUGCCAGGAUUCCCAACAGGAAGCCACCUGUCAGCCAUUUUGUUUGUCAUCAUCGGGCCAGCCCCAAAUACUUUUUUUUGUCCCCACAGGGGCCAAUUCCUAACAGGAAGUGACCCCCUCCCUGCUCCAAUCUCUUCCUCGCAGAUCCUGACUAGAAGUGGCUCCUCUGCCAUCUUUUUUGCCCCAUAAUGGCCAGCCUCGGUUAGGAAACUGCCCAUCGCCAUUCUGGUUAUCAUUGCACCAGCUCCCCUUGGUAUGGAUCCUGAGAAGAAAUGUCUCCUGAUGCCAUUUUCCUCAGUUCCAGAAUGGCCAAUCCUGACAGGAAGUCACUCGUCAGCCAUUUUCCUUGUAGCCAUGCCAGUCCCUUACCCCACAGAUCAUGAGAGGAAAUGAUUUCUCUGCCAUCUUUGCUGCCCCACAAUGCCCAACCCUGACAGGAAGUCACUCAUCAGCCAUUUUCCUUGUAGCCAUGCCAGUCCCUUACCCCACAGAUCAUGAG